CCAUUAUCAUGGCCUCGACGUCGGGUGCUUCCUCAUCUUCAUCGCUACCCUCAUGGCCUCCAGCCCUUACGCAACACCAGAUUGCCUCCCUCUCCGCCCAGGCAACAGACUAUGCCCUUUCGCACGGGAUAGUCUAUCGACCUCAGGGCUCGCCCCCCUCGUCAACACACGUGCACCAUGCUCCCCUCUCCCUUUUCCCUUCGCCCUUCCCCCGUAGCGCCUUUACCGAGGCGAUAAGACUCCAGCCCAUCCUCAACGAGCUCUACGCCACCGUGGCUCUGGAUGGCGCCUUCCUCGCCAAGGUGAUCGGUGGCAACGUGGCCAAGGUAGACGACUUUACACGACGAUUGUGGGGCAUCUACGAGGAGGUGUACGAGGACGAUAACGGGGCUGAGACUGGCGCGCACUGGCACCUCGGCCUCUUCCGUAGCGACUACCUCCUUCACUCCGACUCCUCCUCCCCCUCCUCCCCGCCCUCAAUCCGCCAAGUAGAGUUCAACACAAUCUCCUCCUCCUUUGGUCCACUCUGCACAAAAGUGGGUGAAAUGCAUCGCUUCCUCCUCGACCAGACGAGCUACUACGACGCGGCGCCCGAGAUCCUCAACGAGCCGUCCCUGCCCCGCAAUACGGCGCUCACGGUGCUGGUCAACGGCUUGGCCGCAGCACACCGCGUGUAUGCGCGAACCUGUAAGAAUUGGACGCGCCACUCGCUACGCAUCCUCUUCAUCGUGCAGGAGUCAGAGCGCAACGCCUUCGACCAACGCUGGAUCGAGUACGAGCUACUCCGUGCGCACGGCAUCAAAUCUCUGCGCCGCACCUUCGACAACCUGGUCACGCAGCCCGACGCCAUCUCCAUCGGUAGCUGCCCGGCGUGGCACGACCCACGUCAGAUCAUCUACGUGCCCCUCGAGGGGCAGAACGUGAGAGACCACCGUUGCCCCGAGAUCAGCGUCGUCUACUGGCGAGCGGGGUACACGCCGGACGACUACAAGAGCGAGAAGCACUGGCAGUUGCGUCAGGCUCUGGAGGAUACGGCAGCCAUCAAGUGCCCGAGCGUGCCGCUUCAGCUUGCGGGGGCCAAGAAGGUGCAGCAGGUGCUGAGCGAGCCGGGCAUCGUCGAGGAGAUGUUGCCGAAGCGUAGCAAGGAGGAGAUCAAGGCAUUGCGCGCUACGUGGUCGGAUCUGUACCCUCUCGAUGACUCGAAGCUGGGGACGGAGGGUUAUCGAUUGGCAAUGGAGGAGAGCGAGCGUUUCGUUAUGAAGCCGCAGAGGGAAGGUGGUGGGAAUAACGUGUACCGCAGCGAGAUUCCGCGCGCCCUGCGUAGGAUGGAGGAGCGUGAUGCGCGCGGCGGGGCAGGAAGGGAUCUAGAUAGCGUCAAGCAAGAGUCAGAGCCAGAAGGGCCGCCGUCAUCGUCGUCAUCGAGCAAGCGUCGUUCCUCGCGCAACACCGCCAAGACAACCACCACUGUCUCUGCUGCUGACUCGUCCACGCCGCGCGAACGGGAAGGGUACAUCCUGAUGGAGCUUAUCUCCCCUCCCUCCGGGCUGGGCAACUACCUUAUCCGCCCCCCUUCUGCUUCCUCCUCCUCCUCGUCCGUCGUCAAGGUCGAGGACUCUGCGGGCUCAGCGCAAACCAUCCCCACCCCGCACUCGGAGAAGCUCACCGCAGCAGAAUGUCGUCUCUCCCCGGAUGUGGUGAGCGAGCUGGGCGUGUACGGGUGCGCCCUCUUCUCCCCGUAUACCAAGGAAUUUGUAGACGAGGUAUUUAGCGACGUGACGCCCGAGGAAGAGGAGAGGGCAAAGAAGCGGACCUGCUGGUGGGAGAGCAGCGUAGAUGAUGCGAAGAAUCAUGGCGAGUACGAUGGGGAUGAGACGGAGGAGGAGAGGGCAAAGUCAGGAGGGUUGAGGGCGCCCUACCUCUUGAGGACGAAGGGGAGGGAAAGCGAUGAGGGUGGGGUUGCCGUGGGGUUCAGUGUGGUGGACAGCGUUGUGUUGGUCGACUGAGACUAUGUGGUGGGUGGUGCGCUGUACGCAUCCUUCAGCAAAUUCAUCGUCAU